GGCCCGGGGCUAGAGCUACGGAAAAGUCCAGAGUGCUGCCCGAAGGAGAUGUCAGCGGCGCACCCCGGGAACCGUCCGAGGAUGAAAAGUAUGAUCUACCAAGCCUUUUCUCAGCAGGAGGCAAAAGAGUUGGAUAUUAAGCAUGCUGGAGCCACUCGGGCAGAAGCCUUUGUAAAGGCCUUCCUGAAGCGUGCCAUGCCGCACAUGAGCCAACAAGCCUGUGAAGACCAUUUGCAACGAAAGGCUGUUGUUCUGGAAUACUUCACUCGCAGGAAAAGAAAAGAGAAGAAAAAGAAAUCCAGAGGUCUCUCUGCCAGGCAGAGACGAGAAAUGCGGCUCUUUGACAUUAAACCAGAACAGCAAAGGUACAGUCUUUUCCUUCCUUUGCAUGAUCUCUGGAAACAGUAUAUCAGGGAUCUGUGUAAUGGGCUCAAACCAGACACGCAGCCUCAGAUGGUUCAAGCCAAGCUGUUAAAGGCAGAUCUUCAUGGCGCUAUUGUUUCAGUCACAAAGUCCAAAUGCCCUUCCUAUGUGGGUGUCACAGGAAUCCUUCUACAGGAAACUAAGCAUGUUUUCAAAAUUAUCACCAAAGACGACCACCUGAAAGUUAUCCCCAAGCUAAACUGUGUGUUCACUGUGGAAAUAGAUGGCUUCCUUUCCUACAUUUAUGGGAGCAAAUUCCAGCUUCGAUCAAGUGAACGGUCUGCAAAGAAGUUCAAAGCAAAGGGAACAAUUGACUUAUGAACUUUUGCU